AUGAGUGGGACGGAAUCCGGGGCGGUGACAUGCCUGACGUCUGGCCUCAUUGUCCGGAGCUCCGCCUUCCGGUAUUAAAUACCUUUACCUGUUUCCAGUCGGGGUGUUUUUCCAGACUCUUUUUCUUCAAAGGCUCGACAAUGGACAACGAGCAAAUCGCCGGCGCAAUCGUCUUUCCGGUUAGUUCCUUUUUUUGUUUGAAUUUUCAGUUAUUAAAAAAACAAUAAUAUGAAUGAAGAAGAUUUUUGGGUUGUUUCACUUUCGAUCUGAAUUCCUCAAAACGCACUAAAACGAUUAAAAAAGUUUCUUUUUGGAAAACUCAAAUUUUCCCUUACGGUUGAUGUAAUAUAGAGCGGAUGAAAAACAACCAAAAAAUUAAUUUUUCGGCAAAUGAGGUACAGGAAGUCUCCAGGUGGCUCUGGUAGGAGUUCUGGCGAAUUGGACGGUGGCGCUUCUUCUGCGACGCCUUCCGUCGCUGAACAACGCCUUCGGAAGGUUGACGGCGAGUCAGGCGACCGGAGACGCCGUCCAUUCGACUCUUUUCGGAUUCUUCUAUGCUCCGAUGCUCAUGUUGUUCGUUUUUCGUCUUGUCAUGUGCUAAAAAAGCGUGCGAAACGGGGAAUUUCCUCAGAAGGCUCUUUCAGUGCUUAUAAGAGUCAAAAAAAAACAGAUCUUUUUUGUUUCACUAUUGCAUCUUUUUCAAUAAGAAUCCUUGGAGGCUAUGAAAAAGGAGCUCAAAAGAUUUUCACGUCAUUUUAGGAGCUUUUAGACUUCUUGGCGCUUUUUGCACAGUCUUUUAAACUUAUUCUUAGUGUCCUCGGUGGAGCUCGCUUCAAACCUCACGAAAAGAGAAAAUUUCAGUGAUAUAACUUUUCUGCGGAGCCACUCGAAGCACAUCGGACAUGCCCUUCUUGUCUGCUACGACAUCAGCGUCUACUCUCAUCUUUUCAUUUCCCUGAACCGUUUCUGCGCCAUCUACUUCCCACUCAAUUACGAUCGUCUCUUCAAGUAUGAUGGGCUCCUGAAAAACAGAAGAAACUUGGGAUUUCAGUCACAAAAAUACGACGAAGAUCAUUAUUUUCACCUGGGCCGUCGCCAUCCUCUCUUCCUUCUACUUUUAUCAGUACGGUCAGUGA